AUGGCUACUCCAAAGAAAGCUUCUACUUCUUCGACCAAAAAGGUGGAUCAUCCUACCUACGAGCAAAUGAUCAAAGCGGCCAUCCUUGCUCUCAAGGAGCGUAAAGGAAGUUCCAGACCGGCUAUCAAGAAGUAUAUUCUGGCAAACUACAAAGUGUCACCUGGUGCCCAUUUUGAUACGCAGAUUUCCGCUGCCAUUAAGCGAGGCGCAGCAAAGAACAUCUUUGCUUUGCCCAAGGGUCUUUCGGGUACUGUAAAGUUAAUCAAGCCUGAAAAGAAGGCGGUGUCGUCUGAAAAGAAGGACGAAAAGAAGUCGGCGGCCAAGAAAGCUUCACCAUCCAAGAAAGCGAGCACUACCACAAAAAAGGCGGCUCCAAAAAAAUCUACGUCCACCACAACAGCAAAAAAAGCCGCUGCUCCCAAGAAGACGACGACCAAAAAAACUCCCACGAAAACCAAAUCAACUGAAAAGGCAGGCGUGAAAGCUUCCACUGCGACCAAGAAGAAGAAGAUCGUGGCGGCUGCAAAGAAGAGAUCGACCACCACCAAGAAAGCGGCUGCCAAAGCAUAA